AUGGCAUCUGUCGCGUCAGGUCUGUUCAAGUCGCUUCCCAAGCCCAAAUAUACGGGCGAGGAUGAAGAGCUGCCCGCCCACGCCCAGCCACGCGGGCCUCGUGUGGUCGGCGCAGGCGCCCUUGACGAGACGCAGGUUGUCUUACGGAAAGCUGGACCUCCUCCGUAUGGCAACCGAGCGGGAUGGCGACCGCGGGCGCCAGAAGACUUUGGCGAUGGAGGAGCGUUCCCCGAGAUUCUCGUCGCUCAGUACCCCCUCGACAUGGGCCGCAAAGGCUCCCAAUCUACAUCCAACGCACUCGCCGUGCAGGUUGACUCGGAAGGAAAAGUGAAAUACGAUGCGAUCGCGCGACGCGGUCAUGCCGACAACCGCGUUGUGCAUACCUCCUUCAAAGACCUCAUCCCGCUGCGACAGCGGGUCGACAUGGGCGAGAUCUCGCUGGACCGACCGUCAGGAGAAGAAGUCGCGGAACAGAUGGAAAAGACUAAAGAUGCACUGGCCAAGCUGGUAUCUGGGGCUGUGGCUGCUCAAAAACCCAAAAACGUGCGAGGCGGCCAAAGAUCGGAUCCUACGUUUGUGCGAUACACGCCCGCCAACCAAAUGGGCGACACGAGCAAGAAGAAUGAUCGAAUUGUCAAAAUUAUGGAGCGACAACAAGAUCCUAUGGAGCCUCCCAAGUUCAAACACAAGAAGAUUCCUCGAGGACCGCCGUCGCCGCCGCCGCCAGUGAUGCAUUCCCCGCCACGAAAGUUGACUGCCGAGGACCAGGAAGCUUGGAAGAUCCCACCACCCAUUUCCAACUGGAAGAACCCGAAGGGAUACACAGUGCCACUUGACAAGCGUUUGGCAGCCGACGGGCGCGGUCUACAAGAUGUCACCAUUAACGACAAAUUCGCACAGUUCGCCGAGGCCCUAUUCACAGCGGACCGACAUGCCAGAGAAGAAGUGCAGCAGCGAGCACAGAUGCAACAAAAGCUAGCGGAGAAGGAGAAGGCCCAAAAGGAAGACCACCUCCGACAGCUGGCCCAAAAGGCUCGCGAGCAGCGGUCUGUGGCGGGCUCCAGCCGGCGCGAGUCCCGGGCUCGGUCUGUCAGUGGUAGCCGUAGUCCAUCUCCAUAUUCAUCACGUUCAGCAACGCCUAGCGAUGACGAAGGCGCGGCGGUCCGAGAGCGAGAAGACGCUCGCCGAGAACGCCGACAAGAGGCUGAGCGGCAGCUGCGGCAGUCACGCAUGGGCACAGAGCGACGCAUCCAGAUGAUGGCUCGUGAGCAGAACCGUGAUAUUUCCGAAAAGGUCGCGCUCGGACUAGCCAAGCCUACGCAGAGCAGCGAGUCGAUGUAUGAUUCGCGCUUGUUCAACCAGAGUGGCGGCAUGGCCACGGGCUUCAACGAGGACAAUCCAUACGACAAGCCGCUGUUUGCCGCGCAAGAAGCGAUAAACAACAUUUACCGACCACGCGCGCAGGGCGACGAUGAAGAAACAGAGGAAGCGGCUACGGGCGAAAUGAACCGAAUCGAGAAAACUGGUCGCUUUGAGGUUCUUGGUCGAGCCAAGGAAGGAUUCCGGGGUGCGGCCGACGCAGAGGCUCGUAACGGACCGGUAGAGUUUGAAAAAGACACAGCGGAUCCAUUCGGCAUCGACAGUAUGAUUGCUGACGUGACCAGCGGUGGACCCAGCGCUGGGCAAAAGCGAUAUGGCAUCCAGGAAGCUGAUCGAGAAGCCGAUGGCGGCCGGGGCUCGAAGCGCGCGAGAGUGGAUGAUGAGGACUGA